UAUAAGCUGUCAAAUAUGUCGAACCAAAUAUUUUCUUCGAGCUAACCCGCUGUGCGAAUAUGAAAAAAAAAAAUCUGCAAAGACUCUUGUGAACGCGCAGAGGGGGCGCGGCUUAAACUGACGUCGCUUGCGUAAACCUUGAGUCAACAUGUCGGGAAGCGCUGUUAUCAGAGUUUUAUCUCAUCUAAGCAAAACAUCACAGUUUCUACAAGCGAAUAAGACGAACUGUGUGAAUGUAAGACGACCAUUCACUUCAAAGCUGCAAGGUGAAGGUCGGAUCAGACCACUAGAUGGCGUUAAAGUCUUAGAUCUGACAAGGGUUUUGGCUGGACCUUUUGCUACUAUGAUAUUGGGAGAUUUAGGAGCAGAAGUGAUCAAGGUUGAGCGACCAGGCUCCGGAGAUGACACGAGAGCUUGGGGUCCUCCAUUUCUGGGUGAAGAGAGUGCUUAUUUUCUCAGUGUGAACAGGAACAAAAAGAGCAUUGCUGUUAACCUUAAAUAUCCAAAGGGGAUCAAAGUUGUAACUGAGCUUGCCAAAAUCUGUGAUGUUCUUCUGGAGAAUUAUUUGCCCGGGAAGCUGGGUGAGAUGGGACUUGGGUACGAGGAGUUGAGGAAAGUGGCGCCGCGGCUCAUCUAUUGCUCUAUAACAGGGUAUGGACAGACGGGGCCCGAGUCACACAAGCCUGGAUAUGACUCUAUUGCAUGUGCGGUUUCUGGUAUGAUGCACAUCACUGGUCCUGAGGACGGGGAUCCAGUCAGACCAGGUGUCGCUAUGACAGAUCUGGCCACUGGUUUAUACACUCACGGAGCCAUAAUGGCCGCUUUGCUUCAGAGGCAGAAAACCGGACGAGGCCUUCAUAUAGACUGCAAUCUUCUGUCUUCACAGGUUGCUUGUCUAACUCACAUCGCUGCAAAUUACCUCAACGCUGGGAUUGAAGCCAGACGAUGGGGAACUGCUCACGGGAGCAUCGUGCCUUAUCAGGGUUUCAAGACCAAAGAUGGAUAUCUGGUUGUGGCAGCAGGAAACGACCAGCAAUUUGUGAAAGUGUGCAAAGUUGUAAGCAGGAAUGAUUUGGCCGAAAACCCAAAGUACAAAAGCAACAUGUUAAGAGUGAAGCACCGCAGAGAACUGCUGCAGAUCCUGAGCAAGAGGUUCAUUGAAGAAACGACUGGGGAAUGGCUGCUGCGUUUCGAGGGCUCCGGCGUUCCCUGCGGUCCCAUCAACAACAUCCAGCAGGUGUUCGAAAACCCUCAGGUUGCUCACAAUGGCCUUAUUUUGGAAAUGGACCACCCAACAUCAGGAAGGAUCACGGUGCCAGGUCCUGCCGUGCGCUUCAGUAGUUUUGAGCAGGUCGGUGCGAUGCCUCCUCCAGUGAUCGGCCAGCACACAGUCCAGAUUCUCAAACACACACUGGGAUAUGGAGAUGAGGAGAUUGAGCAGCUUCUGGCCUCACGGAUCGUCACGCAGAAUGAGGUGCACUAAAUGACUGAGUUCAGCCGAAAACACUUGCCUGGUUUAAAAAAUGAUGCGAAUAAUCUUAUCGGUGUCCAUCAUAAAGAAAACUGCAAAUUUGCAAGUAAUGACAGCAGAUAGAUCUCUUUACUUGUGCUCACAAACACAAUUAUCAGUGCUAUGUUUAUAAUCGAAUGGAAAUACUUAGUUUUAUAUACAUGUAUAUGUUUAAAAUCAAGCCUAGUUUAGGACUAUUAGGAUUUUUACAUUGUGAAAACAUUUCAUAUGUCAAUAAUCAAAGUAAUAAUAAUAGUAACACUUUACUGUAAGGUUGUAUUAGUUAAUGUAAGUUAAUACAUUUACUAUCACAAACAAACAACGAACAAUACAUUUACUACAGUAUUUUUGUAAAAGGUUUGAUAAACCCUCGAGUACUUUUUUUGAGGCUAACAGAUUUGUGUUGAGCAUCAAUUAAGACAACGUUAGCACAUGUCAGCUUUAAUUGUGGAUGAAACUGCAUCAUUUUGAGCUAUUGUCAGCUAAUUUCAGCUUCCGGGUUUAAAAUCAUUUUUUGGGGCGGGAUCAAAAUCUGUAAUAUAUCGCUCGUCUGCCCGUCCAGUGAUUACGUGUCGGUUUCUCAUUUUUAUUCAAAGACUUGAGUUUUCUUAUCCUAUGAGAAGAGCCGGCUUUUUAAUUCAUGACUGCACAUGCUUUCUAGAUCUCCCAAGUUGUGCGACUGCGCACUGCAUGCAGUAUUUAGUCAUUUAUGAUGGGUCGUUUGUAUUUGUUUCUAUGAUUCGCGGGGUUUGUUGCAUGGCUUUGCCUCGAUGCUGUCAGGGCUACUGACAUUUUGUCAGGAGAGCUCUACGAGAAUUGGUGAAUAGCAGCCUUUGUCUUUUAUCAGUUAAGUUUGUUACAAUUCAUACACAUCCCCUAUACUCAUGUUGUUUAAAAUCUCUAGAUUACCGGCAGGGUUAAUGGUUGAAAUAAACCAGGCUAGAGUGUCUACAGUGUCUGUAUUCAGACCCAGGGAUUCAGGAGGAGAGAAGUCCUCCUCAUUUAUAGCGUUUAUAUAAACAUAAUUAUCUUUAUAAUUAUAUAACAAAUUGUGCUUAUAUAAUAUAUGACAUUACAAACAGCCUAUCAUAUAUGUAACAGGGCAUUGAAUUACUGUUUAUUUCUUUGCACUGUAACUUUGUAAACUAUAAAAUCAUGCGUCUCCUUAA